UUUGCAGGAUUUGAAGCUAAUGCUUUAACAUAUGACUACACGGCGAGUGUUGAGUGUUUGGCAAAUCCCCACAAACCUCAGUAUGGUGGAGGAAUUAUCAUAAACCCUGAGUUGAGUCACGGGUUGAGAGGAUGGUCUACAUUUGGGAACGCAGAAAUAGAACAUAGAGUAGUACUGUCAGGAGGCAACAAAUUCAUAGUGGCUCACAGCAGAAAUCAGCCAAAUGAUAGCAUCUCUCAGAAGGUUUAUUUGCAGAAGGACAAGCUCUACACAUUCUCUGCUUGGAUACAAAUGAGUGAUGGGAAUGCGCCAGUGGCAGCUGUUUUUAAAACAACUGCUGGGCUCAAACAUGCCGGUGCCGUCACUGCCAAGUCAAAAUGCUGGUCCAUGCUUAAGGGUGGCCUCAAUGUAAAUGCAUCAGGCCUAGCUGAGCUCUAUUUUGAGAGUAAGAACACGUCGGUUGAGAUAUGGGUAGAUAGCAUCUCAUUACAACCCUUCACCCAAGACCAGUGGAGGUCCCAUCAAGAUCAAAGCAUCGAGAAGACGCGUAAGACAAAUGUGAGAAUCGAGGCUGUUGAUGAGCAAGGCAGCCCCAUAUCCAACGCGUCAAUCUCAAUCCUACAGAAGAAACUAAGUUUCCCAUUUGGCUCUGCAGUAAAUAAGAACAUUCUCACGAAUACUGCCUACCAAAACUGGUUCACCUCAAGGUUCACGGUCACAAGUUUUGAGAAUGAAAUGAAGUGGUACACCAAUGAACCGGUCCCUGGCCAGGAGAACUACAAGGAUGCCGAUGCCUUGCUUCAGUUUUCCAAACAACACAAUAUUGCUGUGCGUGGCCACACAGUCUUGUGGGAAGAUCCCCACUACGUACAAGGUUGGGUUGCUUCACUUUCGCCAAGAGAUCUUGCUAAAGCCGUUGACAAGAGAAUUAAUUCCAUCAUGUCAAAGUACAAAGGACAGCUUAUUGCAUGGGAUGUUGUUAAUGAAAAUUUGCACAGUUCAUUCUUCGAAAGUAAGCUUGGGCAAAGUGCGUCGGCAAGCUUUUACAACCGUGCUCAUAUGAUCGAUGCAGCAACCACCUUGUUUCUCAAUGAGUAUAAUACCAUAGAAGACAAUCGCGAUGGCUUAUCGAAGCCAGAUAACUACCUUCGGAAGCUGAGAGAGAUUCGAGGUUUUCCCGGAAACAACAAUUUGACACUAGGGAUCGGGCUCCAGGGUCAUUUCAGCAAUCCUCCAGACCUUCCUUACAUUAGAGCUUCCAUUGAUAUUCUUGCUUCCGCCUCGCUGCCCAUUUGGAUUACAGAACUGGAUGUUGCAAACAACUUUGGUGAACAGGCAGAGUACUUGGAGCAAAUUCUAAGGGAGUUACACGCCCACCCGAAGGUCAGUGGAAUCGUAUUGUGGUCGGCAUGGGCGCCAGGAGGUUGUUAUCGAAUGUGCUUGACGGAUGACAAUUUCAAUAACUUGGCCACAGGGAAUGUUGUAGACAAGCUGAGGCAGGAAUGGGGUUCUAAGGCAUCGGAAGGCACAACUGAUACUGAUGGAUUCUUUGAGGCCUCCUUAUUUCAUGGAGAUUACGAGGUGAAAAUCAGUCACCCCACCAUGAAAAGUCCCUUCUUGGAUCAAAGCUUCAAGGUUGUAUCAACAGAUCAUACAUUCGAGCAAACAACUUUGCUCCUCAAAGUUUAA